AUGCACCUCUUCCACCAUCGGGUUGGCGAUUCAUGGUCUCUGAACGUUUCACCCCAGAGCCAUCGAUUCCUACCCCAGAAGGGAGACCCGCGGUUUUGGUGGCAGCGAAGCGUUAAACUCGAUCCGGAUGCCAUUGCUACUCAGCGUUCUGUAUAUGAUCAUGCUGAAACAGCCAACAAAUACCAGCCAAGAGAUGACUGGGAAAACAUCCACCGCUUCGACCCGCUGUUCCGCUGGACCUGGGGAGAGGAGUACAAACUGGUUCGCAGGGUCGAUUUGCUGAUUAUGGGAUGGGUCUGCAUUAUGUUCAUGGCGCUAGAGAUCGAUCGUUCCAAUCUCGGGCAGGCGUUGACGGACAACUUCCUGGGGGAUUUGCAUCUGACUACAAAUGACUUCAAUCUGGGGAACACGGUGACUAGGGUUAGCUUCCUGCUUGCGGAGCUCCCAUCUCAACUUGUUUCGAAAUGGGUUGGCCCUGACCGAUGGAUUCCCGCACAACUGGUGCUCUGGAGUAUCGUUGCAGCCUCACAGUUUUGGCUUAACGGACGUGCGUCUUUUUUGGCCACCCGAGUGUUGUUGGGAAUGUUGCAAGGAGGAUUCAUCCCUGAUGUUAUUUUGUACUUGUCAUACUUUUACAAACACCAUGAGCUUUCUAUCCGCCUUAGCUUCUUCUGGGCCGCGAUGAGCAUUGCAGAUAUCAUGAGUGCAAUAUUGGCGUUUGGCAUCCUACGAAUGAGAGGUGUAGGGGGGCACAGUGGCUGGCGGUGGCUGUUCCUCAUCGAGGGUCUCCUUACCUUGGUAGUUGGCAUAUUUUCGUUUGCCCUCAUGCCUGCUGGGCCGGCGCAGACAGCAAGUUGGUUCCGUGGGAAGAAGGGGUGGUUCACCGAACGGGAGGAGAAAAUCAUCAUCAACCGUGUGAUUCGCGAUGAUCCCACCAAAGGAAGUAUGCAUAACCGACAGCCUGUGACCCCGAAGCUACUCUGGCAGAGUCUGAAGGACUAUGACUUAUGGCCAAUGUACAUCCUGGGGCUCACCUUCCAGAUACCUUCAAUUCCCCAGCAGAUAUACCUUACACUGUCUCUGAGAGGACUUGGGUUUAACACCUUUGAAACAAAUCUGUUAACCAUCCCUUAUACCGUUUUGCAUAUCAUCGCAAUGUUUGCCAUCACUGUUGUAGCCGAGACAUGGGGACAAUUGGCCUUCACGGCGCUAGCCGGGCAGAUCUGGAUUCUUCCCUUCCUCAUCUAUCUCAAUAUUGUCGACACCACGAAAGUGAGUCGGUGGACAAUAUGGGCGGUGACCUCCCUUCUGCUUGCCUAUCCAAAUGCCCAUGCGAUCCAGGUUGGCUGGAACUCUCGGAACAGCAACACCGUACGCACGCGCACCGUAUCAGCCGCUUGUUACAACAUGUUCGUGCAGGGAUCCGUCAUGAUCUCGGCGAAUAUAUACAGGAUGGACGAUGCCCCGCGGUAUCAACGUGGAAACCGCCAGUUGCUUGCUAUAUGCUGUAUGAAUAUCGUACUGUAUCCACUGGUCAAGUCUUAUUAUGUGUGGAGGAAUAAGUCGAAGGAUGAGAAAUGGAACAAGAUGGACAAGGACGAGAGGGACGCUUAUUUGGAGGCCGAAGGACGACAGGAUAGGGGCAAUAAAAGGUUGGACUUUAGGUUUGCGCAUUAGAGAAAUGCCUUAGACCACAAUACGCAGGCCGGAUAUGUGGCCAGGAGAACAGGUACAGGUACAGUUGGUACUUAAGUUGUGAUACCUGACGCGAACGCGUCG